AUGUUUUCAACACAUGAAACAAAUAGAGUAUUACCAGCAAAAUAUUCUAAUAAUUUAUCUCAAUCAUAUCCACAAUAUAAUCCUCAUCAUCAAGUUACAACAUAUACGAUUGAAGGUCAACCAUACACAUCAGCACAAUCUCAUUAUUCAUCAGUAGUAGUACGACCUGCUACAACGAUAACAACACCAAGAAAAAUAGAAACCAAACCAUUUGUAGGACCAAACGUUAGUUCAGCUAGCUAUGAUCAAGUAUGUGCACGUUGUAAUCAAGAACCUCAAAUGAUAUUAACAACAAAUUAUGAACGAAAAAAUUUCUUUCCAUAUUUAUGCAUCUAUUGUAAUAAUGAGAUUGUAAAUCAUCGUCGAAAACCACCAUUUGUUCAAUCAAAAUCUAGACCCAUAUGGAGACCUUAA